CGCGCCUGUGGGCGUUUCUGAGGAGGGGGAGUGGCUCGUCUAUGCGACUGACGGCUCCAGGCCAGACGCUGGCGCCAUGGAGGAGUAUGCUCGCGAACCUUGCCCAUGGCGAAUUGUGGAUGAUUGCGGUGGAGCCUUCACUAUGGGUGUCAUUGGUGGUGGAGUCUUCCAGGCUAUCAAGGGCUUUCGCAAUGCCCCUGUUGGAAUUCGACACCGCUUCAGAGGUAGUGUCAACGCUGUGAGGAUUCGAGCACCCCAGAUUGGAGGUAGCUUUGCAGUGUGGGGAGGCCUGUUUUCUACCAUUGACUGUGGCCUUGUACGGCUGCGGGGCAAGGAGGACCCCUGGAACUCCAUCACCAGCGGAGCGUUGACUGGAGCAGUACUGGCUGCACGCAGUGGUCCGCUGGCGAUGGUGGGCUCUGCGAUGAUGGGGGGCAUCCUGUUGGCCCUCAUCGAGGGUGUUGGCAUCCUUCUCACUCGCUAUACUGCCCAGCAAUUCCGCAAUGCACCCCCGUUCUUGGAGGACCCCAGCCAGCUAACCCCUAAAGAGGGAGCUCCGGCCCCAGGUUAUCCCAACUACCAGCAGUACCACUGAGGAAGCCGCUGCCUGCCCCUGCCACCGUGGGAGCUACUCCUCAGUUCCCUCCCGGAUGAUCUACCUCCAAGGGAGGACUGGUUCCUACACAGCCCUGAGACCCUCCAGAGAGGGCCUCUAUUCGACUCCCUUGUUCUGUGGUAGGGGUGGGGAAUACCCCAGCAGCCUUGUCACCUGGGUCCCCUUUUUGUCUCUCAGGGCACCCCAGCCUCACACAUGUAACAGUCUCUCAUCCCAGAUCCUCCGUGUGGCACCCUGAUGAAUGUUUAAAGCCAGUUUUGAAAUGUC